AUGUAUGUAAUAUUCCCGGCAGAUGAGGUAGUAUAUCUGUCGUACGGUCGCGUCAUCUACAUACCCCCCAGUUCCCCUCCAAGUGAAAACCUUACCGCUCCACCUGCCAGAGCUUCCUGUUCCAGCGGAAGUCACGUUUCCUAUCCCAGUCUACCUUCCACCAGCACCAACUCAUCCACCAGAAGUCACCAUUCGACCAAGAGCUGGCCUAUCGAGCCUCGAAAACCUCAGGAUCCGGCCAAAACAAGUUCCUUGUCCUCCCUUAACGGGUCUAACAGUGGCCCCCCUCCGGUAAGACCGAAAAGAAAGAAAGAUUCCUUCUUCAAGCUCCCCUCGUUGCUAUCCAAGUCGAAACCGAAAACUCCAGUGCUCGAGAGAAAACUAUCGUUCUCAGAUUUCGAAACCUUCGCCAAAGAGCGACGCGAGAAGUCGGUAGAAUCUGUGAUCAACCGUUCGUCAGACUUCGAGUACCAGGUGUCCCGCAGGAGUAAGCAGGACCAAGCGGUCUCGAAUCCGGUGAACGGAGAAUCCUGCAGACCUUCAAUCUUGAAAUCGGGUAAGUGUGUGACGAACAAGACGAACAGAUCUCCUUGCCUUAUGAUCAGGGAAACCGACGUGUUCAAUUUCGAGAGACCAUCCUCCUCCAGAUGCGAUGAUCCGGCGAACAAGUUGAAGCCGAAGAGUGAAGUGUCAGUUCCGGGUCCUUCUAAAAGUGCGAACGCCAAACCGGUGCGUAAGAUAAGUUCUGAGAAAUCCCCGCAGAUCAAAAUAACGAGUGAUAAGUCCCCGCAAAGGAACCAACGCGAGAAAACUCCUUCCACUAGCAGUAGAGGUAUCCUUUCCAGAUCCUUCAGUUUGAAACCCAACUCCUCCAGGUACUUCUUGGAUAAAGCAGAGUUCAGUGCCUCUUUCGAUCGCGACUACCGCGAAGUGACACCCCCUACGAAUUCCUGCAGGGAAAAAUCACCCCCUGGUAAAGUUCCAGAAGACAAGAAACAGCUCAGUAAGUCCUUGUACAACAAGCCGGCGAAGCUUCUGAAGAAACCGCUUCAACUGAGUAAAUCCUUCAAAGAGAUAACAACGCCCCCUCCGGUUAAGACCCCUAGCACUCCAACCCCUGGCAAAAAAUCACCAUCGUCUAAGAGUUUGACGGUCGAUUUCGAUUCCUUGUUCAGGAGAGAGACUAGUCCUGCGAAAGUGUCGUUGAAGAAUUUGGCGCCGAAGUUUGAAGACGAUAGUUCAAGGUUAGAGUGUGGCCAGUGUGUGAAGGCUCCAAAGAGUGCGUUUUUGCUUUUAUAUGAGUCCCCAGCACACACAGUGUGGUUUCGGUUACUGUCAGUAUAA